AUGAGUGGCGAAAUUGAUGUUGAAGCAGCGGUUGAUUCUAUCAUACCCGACGAAGCUUCGGUUGAUGACGAGCUUAGUGAUCUGGAGGUGGAAGAAGAUCGCUCUAGCAGUUUGAGUGAUAUUGAAGACAAAGAUGCCGAGCAAGAUCAUGAUGACGAUGCCGAAGCAUCAGACGACCUUAGUAACCCUUCUGAAGACGAUGAUUCCGAAGCAGAGACGGAGCGACUGGAAGAAUCUCCGCACAAAUUAAGAGUACAAAAGAAUGUGGUUCUUAAUUCCCGUACUGGCGCCGAUUCGAAUGAGCGCAGCCCAAGCAAAUUACACAACCAGAUCAUGGCAGAUGAGGGGGAAGAUGACGAAGAUGACGCAGAUCAAUUAUCUGACGAGGACAUUGCCGUUUCCAAUGAUAGCCCCAAAAGCUCUCACUAUGAUGGUGAGCUGGAUCGUAAGCCAGCGACAGCUCGCACGUCAUUAGAAGAUUCUGCGGGCGAAGGAAAGAGAGCGUUAUCGACUUCCGAAAUUGACUCAAGAAAACGCAAACGGUCAAUAAUGGGCAGCGGCGGACUCGAAGAUGAUUUUGAUGAACCUCUACCCAAGCGGACAGGCUCUAUCAUUAAUCAAGGCGACGACUUUGCGAUCGACGACGAAUUACCUGCAGAACAAGAUGCAUCAAAUACAAUAAGUGGUAAUAUAUCAGGCGAAGAAGGUGAUGGACCACAGGAGCAGGCUCUUGUAGAUGUGACAGAGACCAUGCUCCCCGAUGACGAAGCCACUGAAACCGCUGGCAUACCAGUGUCGCCUAAAAGACGAGGAAGGAAGAAGAAAAAGGCUGUGGAGAAUGGUAUAAAUAUUGAGGACGAGUCAGACAGUUUGCAGAAUGGCAUUAUAACCAACGGCGAAGAUGAUACACGAAACGGCGAGGAGGACCCAGUAGACAAUGAGGAAGAUGAUGAAGCAGAUCUCGUAUUAAAGACAGAAGAAGAAUUGGAGAAAAAGAUAAGCGCGUUUGAUCAACUUGGAGGUAUUGAAAAGGACUUUGCAGUCUUUAGGGACAGAUUAUACGAUGCGCGGCUCGAGCAAAUAAGUCGAGAGGAAGCUAUGCUCCGACAAGACCAUCCAACGCACCCCGAUCUUCUUGAACAGAUGAAGCCUGUCGAGGCACGGAGAGAUGAGAGGAUCCGUGUCGCAGAGAAAUUACGUGAAUAUGAGCUACAAGCUCUCAAAACUUAUGCUGUUGCGAGAAGGAGCCAGAUUCUUAUUCAAUAUCGACAAGAAGCAAGAGAAAUCCGAGAAAUCAAGAUGGAGCAACUAGGUAAACAAUGGUACGAAAUACAACAUGAUAGAAGAAAUUACUCCACCGGCGUACCCGAAUAUACUCUGAACUAUCCCACUCGAAGAUCGCAACAGAUUCAGAACCAGGUAGCAUAUUCCAACGAGGUUUCUAUUCUCUCGGGCAUUGCAAAACAUGUCGGAUUCCCAGCCGCUCCUUCGAUGUCACAAGCAACGCCUGCAGAGCUCGAAGAGGACUUUGAGAAGAUGGGCGUAACUAAUGCAAUGGGAGGGACUAGAAAUGUGCACCAACCUGCAAAUUUUUCGCUGCAAGAGUUUGCGGCAUUGCGGACAGCAAGGUCAAUAUCGCGACAUAGGCCAGCGGAAGAACAAUUCAUUGAACAAACACCCUGGGCGAAUCCGCAGCAUCCUUCUAACUCCCACUUAAUACAGCGUCAGACUUCAGCCCAGCAUACACCAAGGACCACAAGUCCUUUGUCGCAAGUUCAAGUACAGCCCCGUCGCCAUUCUCAUCAACAAGGCGGCCCUAUUUCAGGAGCCUUCUCUAAUAUGUUAACGUCAGUACCACAACAUACUAAUGGAUACAUGACAUCUGGUGGACGAGUUUCCCCGCAUAAUCCUUUUUCUAAUACUUCACACUCACAUACCAUUGUACCAUCACCGUUGGGCAGUCGACAGCCAUCUUUGUCGCCAAAGCAAACUAGGCCUCCUCAUCCACUGUUAUCCAUCUCAAACGAGCAGCACAACCAUCAGGCUCUUCCCGUCGCCAGUAAUCAAAUCCACCAGAUAUCACGCGCCGGACUACAGGAUGUGGUACAAGAGAUGACCCGCAUAUCUCCACCGUGA